AUAUUUCUUUUAGCCAAUAGCGAAUGAGUGAGCUGGACAAGCUUGUUGGUAUCCCCGCGCAAUCUUCUCUGAAUACGAAUCUAGAUUCCAAUUUUCCUGUUUUAUUGGGCAUAUAUAGUAAUAUUAUCAUGGCGACUUUCAAUUUUCCUUUACAUACCGGAAAAUACAUCUUCUCUCAUCCAAGAUUUCCUCUUUCUCCUUCUCUCUUCGUAUCUGUUGACUUUCUCUCUCGAUACAAGACAACCUUAAGAGGAAGGAAGUUAUCUACAUUAGAUCCUGGAAAGAGAUGGAAGUUUGCAAGCCCCCCAACCAUACUUAUAGACAAAAAAACCGCCCUUUAACUCUUUUUAGGUUAUUAAGGGGUCUGAUAUGUUUGAUGGUGUUUGUUUCUACUGCUUUUAUGUUUUUAGUGUAUUUUGCUCCACUGGCCUUUUUGACACGGUUUGCCAGCGUGCACUUUCGCAGAAGAGCAAGCUCUUUCAUCUUCUCUAUUUGGUUGUCUAUGUGGCCCUUUCUAUUUGAGAAGAUCAAUGGGACUAAAGUUGUAUUUUCUGGGGAUGAUAUUCCGGCAGAAGAACGGGUUUUGAUUAUUGCCAACCACAGAACUGAGGUUGAUUGGAUGUACUUGUGGGAUCUUGCAUUACGGAAAGGUUUCCUGGGCUCGAUUAAGUAUAUUCUCAAGAGCAGCUUGAUGAAAUUGCCCGUCUUUGGCUGGGGUUUUCACAUUUUGGAGUUCAUCUCAGUUGAUAGGAAGUGGGAAGUUGAUGAACCCGUCAUGCGCAUAAUGCUUUCAACUUUUAAAGAUCCUCAAGAUCCCUUAUGGCUCGCUCUUUUCCCUGAAGGGACUGAUUUUACUGAAAAGAAAUGCCUAGGGAGUCAAAAAUUUGCAGCUGAAGUUGGACUUCCUGUGCUGAAGAAUGUGCUGCUUCCAAAAACAAGGGGUUUUUGUGUUUGCUUGGAAGUUCUUCGGGGUUCAUUGGAUGCAGUUUAUGAUGUAAGUAUUGCGUACAAGCAUCAAUGCCCUAGCUUUUUGGACAAUGUGUUUGGCCUAGAUCCUGCAGAAGUUCAUAUUCAUAUUCGGCGUAUCCCGGUCAAUGACAUCCCAGUCUCUGAUAGUGAGGCUGCUACUUGGUUAAUGAAUACCUUCCAGAUAAAGGAUGAGUUGCUGUCGGGGUUUAAAACUCGGGGCCAUUUCCCUAAUGAAGGAACAGAAGGAGAAUUAUCUACAUUGAGAUGCUUGGUAAAUAUUACAAUCGUAAUUUCCUUGACUGCCAUAUUUACUUAUCUCACCCUUUUCUCAUCCGUUUGGUUCAAAAUAUAUGUAAGUUUAGCAUGUGUUUUCCUUUCCUUAGUUACCUACUUUAAUUUUCUGCCAUUACCAGUUGUAGAUUCUUUUAAUUCUAUGUUUAGUUACAAGAAAAUUUAGUAUUGAAUAGCUUUUUAUAGAAGAUAGCCAACAUACAAGUUAGAUCCCUUGUGAAACUGAUUGCUAAUCUAUAGAAUCCUCUGUUACAGUGUUGGGUUU